AUGGAUGAGCUGGCUGCCAACCUGCUACAUGAGCUGGAUGAGCUGGUUUUCAACCUUCUGCAUGGGCUGGAUGAGCUGGUUUUUAACCUCCUGCGUGAGCUGGUCUGGGUGAGCUGUGUGAGCUGGUUUUUAACCUCCUGCGUGAGCUGGGUGAGCUGGUACAUUUACCUUCCACAUGAGCUGGAUGAGCUGGCUGCAAACCUGCUACAUGAGCUGGAUGAGCUGGGUUUAAAAUUCUGGGUGAGCUGUGUGAGCUGGUUUUUAACCUCCUGCGUGAGCUGGGUGAGCUGGUACAUGUACCCUCCACGUGAGCUGGAUGAGCUGGAAUAUUUACGGUGGGCUGGAUGA